AUGUCCCUCGCACCCACUCCUAUCUCCCAUCCUCUCCGCCCCUUCCUCCACCCCCUUCCCCCUCCCCCCUACCUGUCUUUCCCUUUUUCGCUCUUCUCCCACCCUCUCCCUCCCUCCCCAACAUGCAGGAGCCUCCGCUGCUGGCUCGGCGCUGCUGCACUGCCCGCAGGUGGACCUGUAUGGCAUCGGCUUCCCCUGGCCCCACACCCACCCUUGUUUCUCUCCCAUUCUUUUCCCCUUCAUCCCCUCCCUCCGCCCCCCACUUCAUCCCCUCUCUCCCCAUCUGCAGGAGCGCCCAUUGCAGGCCCAGCCCUGCAGCACUGCCCGCAGGUCGACCUGCUCAGCCCUGCCGCACUGCCCCCAAGUCGACCUGUACGUGGGCGUGGGCUACACCUUUGGCUUCUUCUCCUCGCUGCUCUUCGGUUCGCAUUUCUCCACCGUGCUCGCCUGGCCGGGCCCCAAGCUCUUCAUCAUGGGCGCUAAAGACGAGUUCACGAGCAUUAAGCAGCUGGAGGCGCGGGUGGGGAAGGCGGUGGGCGUGGCGAAGGUGAGCAUUGUGGAGGGCGUGGGGCACUUUGGGCUGGAGGGGCCCGCGUAUGACGAGGAGGUGGCCAAGCGCGUGGGGGAGUUUGUCGUUGAGAACGCCGGUGGUGGUGUUGCUGCUGGUGGUGCUGCUGGUGGCGGUGGUGGAGAAGGGGGUUCUGGUGGGGAGGAGGGGAUCAAGGAGAGGAUCGCGGCGCUUGCGUCCUCCCCGCUCCUCCCCCUCGCCCUCCCGCACCUACCUCUUUCCGCCCUCUCUCCCGGCAAAGCCUGCCCCUCCGCGGCCCUCCCCUCGCGCGCAUGUCCCCCGCAAGCCUGCGCCAGUGCAUCUCGAGGUGCCCACUACCUUCUUUCCACGAGCCCCUCUCCCCCCAGCAUGCGCCAGUGCGUUAUAGGCCGCCUGCGCCAGUGCAUUGCUCCGCGGGUGGCGUGCGGAUUCGCCUCCAGCAGCGACGAUGAGGGGGAGGGGGGCGACGCUGGGCACCCCAGGGGGCGCGGAAGGAGGGGGGGCGGAGGGGGGAAGGGGAAGGGGAGGCGCGGAGCACCCGGGGGGCAUGGUGGCGCGGGGGGGAGCUCCCGCCACCCGUCCCUGCGGAUUGGCCCGCCAAUGGACGUGCGCCAGGUGGCAUAUCCACACGAGCCUGCCACGUUGGACCCCCUGAAUGGCGGCCUGGGGGCCAUGGGCAUGGGGAUGGGGAUGGGGAUGGGGAUGGGGAUGGGGAUGGGGAUGGGGAUGGGGAUGGGGGGAGUGCAGGGACAGCUGGUGACGCUGGCGCUGCCGAUAGUGAGCUACAGCAGGUGCGUGGCUCUGCCUGUCUGGAGUCCACAAUGGUUCCUCCUCUCUCUCGCUCUCCUCCUGCCCACCACUUCAUCCUUCCCCACCAUCCACUCCACUGCUGCUCUCCCUCACAUCUAUCACUCUCUGCCCCACUAUACCAACACCCCCAACCCCCUCCACUCUCCGGCUCUGUGUGGGCAGCAAGAUAGCGCUGGGCGUGGUUGGGGAGGCCCCUCCUGUGCCAACAUCUCUCCAACAUUCCAUGGCAUGCCUCCCCAACCCCCCCCCUCCCCUCCCCCCUUUCCCUCCCCCUUUCCCUCCCCCCUUUCCCUCCCCCCUUUCCCUCCCCCUUUCCCUCCCCCUUUCCCUCCCCCUUUCCCUCCCCCUUUCCCUCCCCCUUUCCCUCCCCCUUUCCCUCCCCCUUUCCCUCCCCCUUUCCCUCCCCCUUUCCCUCUCCCUUCCUUUCCCUCCCCCUUUCUCUCCCCCUUUCCCUCCCCCUUUCCCUCCCCCUUUCCCUCCCCCUUUUGUUAG